AUGCUCUUGCAAUGCGGGGUGUCCUUGAAGGCAUCCUUGAGCCAGGUAAAUGUGACCAACGUGAGUCGCUGUUCCCCGCACGUGGGUCUGACGACUGCUGCCAAAUGUGUUGGACACAUUGUCCGGGUGAAUUUGCUGCAUUCCGAAGCUGUUUCUCUCAAAUAUUAUUUAUAUCCACGGCGAUCGGUGCCACCUGUUUCUGUUGUGCCUCUUUCAAUGCAAUUAUCUCGCGGGGCUCUGUCUUUGGCCACUGGCGCUGCCUUUGUGGUGGACAUUGCCGUCGCUUUGUGCAUUUACUAUGUCGGAACACACGCCAAAAGAGACGCUGGCGUUGAUGAGUACGAGUCGGUGACAUCUGACAUCCUGACUUGCUGCCUUGUCCGGGUUCUGGUUUUCCCGUUGAUGGCUGGUCUUGCGUUCGUGGUCUACCGGCGCACGGAGGCCACCUCGCCACUUCAGCAGUUUCGGCAAGCGCAGGAGUCUGCUCGAGAAGUGACCAGCAACGGAUCAAAUGGGGACCUGCGGGUGCCUUUGGCGGAGGUGCCGAUGCAUGGUCUCAACGGCUCAGGCUCCGCUAGCUCCUCCAUGAUCUCCACCACGAGCGAGAAGAGCGCUUUCGAGAUGAAUCGGGACCAUGCGCUGCUGAUGAAACGAGCAGACCGGCGAAAGGAGAUCAUCAUGCUAGUGCUGUUUGCAAUCAGCACAGGCAUGUCCUUUUACAAUGGCAUCAAGUGCAUUGUGUACCACUACGACCCGCGGUUCCUGGUUUUGCAGGGCACGCUGCAGGCUCUCACCAUGGUCAUGAUCAACGUAGAGUACUUCAUGCUGAAGAACCUGUUGAACAGAUGCACUGAGGAACAAGGAGAGCUAAUUCCGCACAUCCACAUGCACCCGCUCUUCUUUGAGACUGGCCUCAAGUGUCAUGGUUGUGACGUAUGCAGUGACCAGAUGAAGGGCCCGCACUAUAUCGCAUACAGAUGCAGAACGUGCGACUUCGACCUCUGUCCGCGGUGCUACAAGCAGAAAGACAAGCACAGCGCCAAAGGAUUUGGCGCACGCUCCGUGCGUCGGGAUGGGGAGCAAAUCACUACAUGGACAUACUUCAAGCGAAUUGUGCAGCUAUCCUUGGACUUCUGGCCCACGCUGGUGGCUGCGGUGGUGUGUUUGGUCAUCACUCAGGGAUUGCAGAUCUUUGCUCCGAAUGUCCAGGGAUCCAUAUUCGAUGGAAUCCUUGCGUACCUUCAAAAACCAGAGGAUGGAAGAUCGAAGUUUGAGUUUGCAAUGCUGACCUAUGUCAUCAUCAACGUCCUGCAAGGAUGCUUCAGUGGCCUGAAGGCGCUCGCCCAAGAGUUGGUACAGCGGCGCAUGGCCUGCUCCGUGCGCCUCAAGCUCUUUGCGAGCGUGGUCCGCAUGGACAUCGCUUUCUUCGACACGAUGCACACGGGUCAGCUCACCUCGCGCCUGACGAACGAUGCAAGUCAGAUGACGCAGCCACUUAGCACAUUGAUGAACGAUCUGUUGGCCAACGUCCUGUUGCUGGUGGGCGGCAUGCUCAUGGCUUUCCGGACAUCUUGGAAGCUAUCGAUACUGGCGCUGACAAUUGUGCCGCCGAUCACGUAUAGCUAUCGGGCAUAUGCCAAGUGGGCCAGAAAAAUCACACGAUCAAUCUACUGUGCAUAUGGUGAGGCGAAUAGCACUGCAACUGAUGCCAUUGGCAACAUUCGCACAGUCCGUGGCUUUUCAACUGAAGAGCACGAGGCCUUCAAAUACUCAGACAGCAUCAACACAGCCCUAGGCCAUGGUGUGAGGAAUGCCUACGUUGGAGCUUCCGUGACAGCUUUCUCAACGUACUUGAACUUGGGCACAGCUGUGCUUAUUUUGUGGUAUGGUGGCCAGCUGGUCUGUGAUGAGAAGGGCCAAGUGAUGAGCAUUGGCUCUCUAAUUACUUUUCAGCUCUACUGGAACAUGAUGAACAACGCCUUCAUCGCUCUCGGGAACGUCUUCAAUGACUUGAUUCGUUCAUCCUCGGCGGCUGAGCGGGUAUUCUCGUUGAUUGAUGCCCGGCCCGACGUGAACCCCGAUGACGGAGAGGAGGUGACCCGGGACACUGUGAAGGGCCACCUGCAGCUGCGUGGCAUUCAGUUUCGUUACAGGUCGCGGCCUGAUACUGCGGUUCUCAAAGGCAUCGACAUGGACAUGCCCCCAGGGACCACCACCGCUCUUGUCGGUAAGAGCGGAGGCGGCAAGAGCACUUUAGUUCAUCUGCUCAUGAGAUUCUAUGAGCCAACUGGCGGGGAGAUAUUCCUGGAUGGUCGGAGUAUGACGACACUGUCUUCCAAGAGCGUUCGUCGAUGCUGUGGCUUUGUGGCUCAGGACACGCAGCUAUUUUCGUGCAGUGUGAUAGAGAACCUUGCCUACGGACUUGGCAGAGAAUACACCAAAGAUGAAGUGGUGGAAGCUUGCCGUGCAGCCAACGCGCACGAGUUCAUUCUUGACAUGGAAGAAGGCUAUGAGACGCGCGUUGGCGAGAAAGGGAUCAUGCUGUCUGGUGGACAGAAGCAGCGAUUGGCCAUUGCCAGGUGUUUCCUCCGCAAGCCUCGAAUGCUUUUUCUGGAUGAAGCAACAUCAGCUCUCGAUGCCGAGAAUGAGGCAAUUGUGCAGGGUGCACUCGAGACUCUGCUUUCAGACCUGAACAGCACAGUGGUGCUCAUCGCUCACCGACUUAGCACAGUCAUCAAUGCAACGCAGAUAUGUGUCGUUCACAAGGGGUCGAUUGUGGAGCGGGGGAAUCACGACGAGCUCGUUGCCAACGGGGGCGUCUAUGCCCAACUUGUCAGCCGCCAGCUCUCGCGCGAUGCAAGCGCUGUGAUGGACUCCAAGGACAAGCAAAAGACCUCGAAAAAUCAGACCGAGAUCGAUGACCUGAUCGAGGAGAUGGAGCAAUCAGGUGCCAAUCUGGGUCUGGCUGAGUGA